CUUUAUCUUUCCGUAUUUUAAAAACACUUAACUAUUUAUUAUAAGCACAACGAUGCCGCAAAUACCCUCCCCACAAAUAACGCACAUAUGCUGCAUCGGCGCUGGCUACGUGGGUGGACCUACAAGCGCAAUAAUAUCGCAAAACUGCCCCUCAAUAAAAGUCACCGUUGUAGACACCGAUGCCAAGCGCAUAUCUGCGUGGAACUCACCCGCCGCCCUGCCCAUCUACGAGCCCGGCCUAGAGGCCAUCAUCCGCAACCAGCUCAACAUCAACCUCUUUUUCUCCACGGAUAUCGACAAGGCCAUCGCGGAGUCCCAGCUCAUAUUUAUCGCCGUCAAUACGCCGCCCUUGGAAAUAAUCGAUACAGACUGCAGUGGAAGAAGGAGAGGCGCGGGCGCAGACCUGAGUGCUGUGAUGGAGUGCGCUCAGAGAAUAGCCCGCGUGUCCACGAGCAGCAAGAUCAUCGUGGAGAAAUCCACGGUUCCCUGCGGCACAAGCCACGAGGUCGGCGAUAUCCUCCAAAAGUAUGCUCGGAGCGGAGUCCAGUUCCAAGUUCUGAGUAACCCAGAGUUCCUCAGCGAAGGCACAGCCGUCAGGGACCUCCAACACCCAGACCGCGUAAUCAUCGGUAGCGCAUUGCAAACUGCGUCGGAAGCCCAGGAGCAUUUAAAGUACAUUUACAAGCAUUGGGUUCCUGCGGAUCGCAUUAUAACAAUGAGCCAGUGGUCGGCCGAACUGACCAAAUUAGCAUCCAACGCCCUUCUAGCACAGCGCGUCUCCAGCAUAAACUCGCUCAGCGCCCUGUGUGAAUCCCUAGGCGCGGACAUUAAGGAAGUGGCUCGGGGUUGCGGCGCGGAUUCAAGGAUCGGCGGUGAUUUCCUCCGCGCAUCUUUAGGAUUCGGCGGCUCAUGCUUCCACAAGGACCUGUCCAGCCUCGUGUGGCUUUGCGACUCCCUCAGACUCACACCUGUUGCCGAUUACUGGCACCAGGUUCUCCUUAUGAAUGAAUUCCAAACUAGCAGGUUUGCACAGCGGAUUUUGUCCACAAUUAAUGUGCGCGGUGCUAGGAUUGCUUGCCUUGGGUUUGCGUUCAAGGAGGGCACGGGCGAUGCAAGAAAUACCCCGGCUACUCGGGUGUGUCGGGAGCUUUUGACUGCCGGCGCACGGUUGAGUGUUUAUGAUCCAAAGGUUCCCGCCGACCAUAUUCUAAGCAUGUUGACAGAAGAGGCGGUAGAAUCAACGGCGGCAAAUUCUGCUCGUGUAGACGUUGGAUAUAAUUGCGUGAGUGUUUGCUCUAGGGCCUUGGAGGCCAUUGAAGGUGCCCAGGCCGUGGUUGUGUUGACGGCAUGGCCGGAGUUUCGCUGUAUUAAUUGGGAACAGGCAUUGCAGACAAUGCCGGCACUGGCGCAUAUUUUUGAUGGUCAGGCCAUGCUGGACCAUGAGUACCUCCAAAAACUGGGAUUCCAAGUCGUUUCAAUGGGCAAAUAAUAAAAAGUACACGUGACUAUACAAUAACACUAACAAGCUUGAAUAAAUUAUUUUAGAUAAAAUCGAGUAAAAAAUGGUUUUAAUAAUAGUAAUUUUUUUUUGCAAUUUUCUUUACGAAAAAU